AUGAAGUUUGUAUUAAUACUAUUCAUUUUGACAAGUGUGCAACUUCAAAUAACGUACUAUCUAAGUAGCCACUAUAAGCACGUACUAGAACAGAACAUACUAAAGCAUUUGACUGAAGCAGAACACCUUAAUGGAUAUGAAUUUAUGACCACUAAGAUUCAAUACAUUCUGAAGAUUGGUAAAGAAUUGUUUGUGGUGCGAACCAAAUUGCAAUGUAGAGUUGAAACAAGUGGUACGACACUACCGUACAGUGAUGAGCAGGCAGGAGAAACUAUAGGAAGAAGAAAAGUAUCAAAUGAAAUAAUUGAAGUAACAAAUAGGUUGAUUGGAUUUAGGUUUGCAUUAGAUAGGACAUUUAGGGUAUUUUGUGUUGAGUUUACAGCAGAGGAUACUGUAAAUGGCCAUCAGCUGAAAACAUCAUUCACAUACAAUAUUGAAAUGGCCAAAUUAAUGUUAUGUGAUGUUGAUAGAAAUAAAGGCUGGUAUGAAAAAAUGACAAGAAUAGAUGACUCAGAUAUAGGAAUAUGCAAACGUGAAGGAAUGCCACAGACUUCGUGUCUGUUUAAAAGCGUGGCUAAUGUUAUUUACUCAAUGAUCAGGUUAUUGUACGAAGAUGAUCAGAAAGAAAGCACAUCAAGAGUAAGACGAUGCAGGAGCGAUGAUGAAUCAGGAUCAGAAGUUAAAGUACCUAAGAGUGUGAUGAAACCAGGAUUAUUCACAGGUAAGAAAUGUAUAAAAGAAAAAUCAGCUAAGAAAACGAGUGGAGAGAAGCAGAGUGUUCAAUUCAAGGAAGAAACCAAUAUUCGGUUGUAUGCUAGCACAAGAAUAAGAAGAUCAGAUAGCAGUGAACCAACGAGAAGACAUGUACGUAAAUUUGGCGAAGAAGGUGCAAAAAGAUACAAGAAAUUAGUAACUGAAGUUACAACAUUGGUGUUGCAAUACGAAGGAGAUGAAGAAUUUCCAAAGUUUGAGAAAACUGAGCCAACUAAGGCAGGAAGUGAUGUUGAUCUUGGAAGCAAAGCAGUUGCAAUAUUUCCAAGGUGUAUUUUGGAUAAAAAUGAAGUAUUUCAUGAAUCAGAUAAUGAUGGAGAUGAUUUAUCCGAUAUUAAACCACCAAAAUUCAUUGUAGAGAAAUGUGUGGAAGCUGAAGAAAAUGGUUCUAGUGAUACAGAUACAGUCAUACUGGAUCCAUCAGAUGAAGCAUCUGGAUCAAGUAACAAUUAA